AUGGCUGCGGUGGACCCGGCUGAACGCCCCAACGGUCAAAAAGCUGGAAAAGGAUCUUUAAAAACUGCCAGCUGCGCGGCGCGGUUGCUGCUGCACGUCGGGGGAGGCCCUUGUCCCCCUGACGCGUCUCCAUACUCGCCUCCUCCGCUCUGCAGAACCCCGACUUCUUGUUCCAAAACACUCCUACCUUAUCAACCACGACUUACUUCUUGUCCGACCCAAAUCAUGUUUGAAGCGAAGCUUAACCAGGCCGGCGUACUCAAGAGUGUCCUCGAUGCAAUCCGCGAGCUGGUUAGCGACGUCAAUUUUAACUGCGAUGAGGAUGGCAUGAAACUCCAAGCCAUGGAUAACUCCCACGUGGCUUUGGUUGCUCUUCAAUUACGCGCGAGUGGGUUCGGCCAAUAUCGGUGUGAUCGACAAAUGACUCUGGGGAUCAACGUACCUUCUUUCCAGAAAAUAACUAAAUGUGCCGCCCCUCAAGAUAUCCUUACCUUGCGAGCAUUCGAUGAUGGCGAUGUACUCAGUAUAGUAGCUGAAACGUUGAAUACCGAUCGGGUUGCCGAGUAUGAAAUGAAGAUGAUGGACAUCGAUAUCGAACAUCUCGGAAUCCCCGAGACUAGAUACGAUGCUGAGGUUACAUUGCCUUCGAGCGAAUUUAACCGGAUAAUACGCGACCUCAAGGAAAUGGGAGAAUCUAUUCGUAUAGAAGCGACAAAAGAAGGUGUUACUUUUUCGGCAAACGGUGAUAUCGGCAAGGGAUCCGUGACGCUCAAACACAAUGCGGAUGCCAAGAAAGCUCUAAAGGUUGAUCAAGACAAGGAUGUCAUUGAUGUUGAUAGUGACGAGGAAAAAGGCGAAGAUCAAAAUGCUGAUGGCGGUAGUGAUGCGGAUGCAGAAGACAAGCCCAAGGCCAAGAAAGCACUCUUCAAAAAAGAUCCUGAUGAAGACCACAGCCAGGAUGCAACUCAAGACACGAACGACGACAUGGAAGAUAUUCAAGAUCUCAAACCGAAAGCCAACGGUGCCAAGUCAGAGAAGAAGCCCAAGAAGGAGAAGAAUAAAAUACCGGAUGACGAAGACGAGGAAGACGAAGAUUACGAGAAGCAGGAAGAUGACGAGGACGGCGAGCAAGGCGAUGAAGAAGAGGAGGAGGAGGACGAAGAUCAACUUCCUAAAUCCAAGAAACGCAAAUUGUCGAAAAAGAGCAGCGAAACAUCUAAAAAGAAUGGAAAAUCUAAGGGCAAAGAUCGCAAGUCUGCUAAAGAGAAAAAGCAGGAAGAGGAGGAGGAAGACUUAUCCGUGUCGAUCUCUCUCCAGCAGAGUGUCUCUUUAACCUUCAGCAUCAAAUAUUUAAGUAACUUCACUAAAGCCACUCCACUAGCCAAGCGCUUAACGCUACACAUGUCGAACGAAGUUCCCCUCCUGGUAGCUUAUGAGUUUGACACCGGCUACGUUCGAUAUUACCUUGCACCCAAGAUCGAAGACGACUAA